AUGAUUAACCAACCACACUUUCGAACUAAAUACAAAAUUUCUUACAAGCCACCUCCAAAGAAUGUUGAAGAAUUCAUUAAAAGUCAAAAUUGGGAUUCUUGGCCAAGAGAUUUCAUUUUUUCAGAUAAAGAGCAAUGGUUAAAUGAUUUAAAAAAACUGAAAGAAGACUGUACAUUUGCUGAAAUUUAUUCACACUUGUGGAGUAAUGUUCCUCGAAUAUAUGAUGCAUCCAUAAAUAUGGAGACAAGAUUAGAGGAAUGUUCAACUAUUAUGAAAAAACAUGCCUCUAAAAUAUUUGAGGGGGCAGACCUAGAUAUCAGCACAUUUGCUCUUGAAAAAUUUCUAAGAUACAAGUCAUUUAUGAAGAAGUACAAGCAGAAGAAGAUAAUGAUUUCAUCUGAAAUGGAGACUAAGAAAAACGUAGAGGGUUUCAACUUCGCAGGAUUCAAAGCAAGUGAAAUUACUCCACUACCCAGACAUUUGGAUGCUGAACGAAUUUAUCUUUUUAUUUUAAAAUCUCAUAACUUGGAUGCAAAACUUUUUAAAAUAUGGAAAUCUUAUAUUCUCUCACCAUCUUCUAUUGCUCUUUUAAUUGAUUCCUUUUGGUGGUGGUUUCUCCAUAAAUUUAAGCCUGAUAGAGAGAAUCAAGCUUUCUUAUUUGAUAGAAUGUCAGAAAGUUAUGCGAUGUUAUUCAUGAGUAUACCUAUCAAUCGAAAGGAUGUAUUCAUUCAGGUAUAUCCUGACUGUUUGUCACAAGCUAUCUAUGCCGCGUUCCAGGAAGCAUUUCCAGAAUCUUGUGAACUCUUUGAUGAAGAAUUUAUAGAAGAGUUAGGGAAUACAGUUUUUCUUUGGUUGUCAGGCUUAAAACCGCAAAAACACUUCUGGACCCAUUGGAAACUGCAUGAUCUCAGUACCAGAACCAUACAUGGUGUCAAUAAAGUAACUUCAAAAUCUGUACUAGAAAAGAUUGCAAAGAACAAACAACAAAUAUCAACUUGUAAGUAA